UUGGGCUCUACUCAUGUUGGCCUAGUACAAUUUUUGGGCCCACCAUACUGUCAUUAAAGCAGCAAACAAAGUGGAGAAAAAUUAGAAAAAAGUCCCCCACCCACGAGUCCACCACGAUGAGCGGCGGCGGCGGCGGCCGGAAGGCGGCCGUCACCGGCGGCGAAGAGGCGGAGGUGGAAGCGCUCCUCCGCGCGGCGCAGGACGCGGUGAUGCUCAAGCUGCAGGCGAACUCCCACCUCGUCUCCUCGUCGUCCUCGGCCACCGCUCCGAAUCUUCCUCCCUCGCUCGACCACCCCGCCGCCGCCGCCGCCGCAGAUCCCCUCGACGCCGACCUCGCCCGCCGCUUCGACGCGCUCAGGUCUCACCGCCCGCCGGAUCCGAAGCCGAAGCAACCCGAUGCUCCCUCCGCCGCAGCCGCCGGCGGGAUGGACGAGCUGGAGGCGCGUUUCGCAGCGCUGAAGGGGGCGGCGGGGCCGGAGAAGGAGACGAGGGUGAGGCUGGAGGAUCUGGGCGGGGAGUCGGACGAGGACGAGGACGACGAGGUGGACAAGGUGAUGCGGUGGGCGAUGGACGCCGCGCGGCUCGACGUCGCCACGGCCGGCGCCGGCAAGGCGAAAUCCACCAAGAAGGAUGACGACGAGGAGGAGGAAGAGAAGGAUCAGACGAGCAGCAGCGUCAGUAGCGAGGACGAGGAGGAGGAAGAAGAAGAAAAACUUGAGAAGGAGAGGGAGAGGAAGAGGAAGGAGAUGAUGAGCAAGAACAAGUCUAAAACCAAGUGGUUCUCCCUCUUUUGAUCCUAGCUUGUUUGUACUCUGGCGUUCUGAAUGUUUUUUACCAUGUGAUAUACAAUUGUGAUUUUGUACACAUGUUUAGGGUACGUUUUUGAGCUCUGAUUUCAAAAUUCGUGCGAAUUUAGAUUUAUAUUCAAUAAUAGAUGAUGAUCGUGAUGUUUAUCUAA